AUGAACAUCAUCCCAUCCGUCCGUUGCGUUUCAGUUAGCAAUUGCAGCUUCGUCUCGGCGGGACCAAGGCAUACGACGCAGUUCGUGAAUCAUGGCGUACGUCUCUGGCGACUGCCAACUGCUCGCUGUCACAGCUCUGCGGCGUCAAUUCCGUCCGAGAAGCACAUCAAUCGAUGCGAGGGUGAAUCACUCACGCUUGCAGAUGGCCGCACGCUCGGCUUCCAUCUUUACGGCGCCCCUGAUGGCAUCCCCGUAUUCUACCUCCACGGUGUUGUCGACACGGGUGUUACCCUCCAAGGCAAAGAGGAUUCCCUAGCCAAAGAGUUGGGCAUUCGAUGGAUCGCUGCCGAUCGCCCUGGGGUGGGCAAAAGCACUUUCCAGGCCGGACGAUCCAUCAUGGGCUACCCCGACGAUAUCCGGCAACUAGUCAACCACCUGGGCUUGGAAAGAUAUUACCUUUUCGGCGUCAGCGGCGGCUCAGCGUACACACUCGCGUGCGCUAAGAUGCUGCCGCGAGAACAAGUGCGCGGUGUGGGCAUCUGCGCAGGCGUCGCUCCCUGGCACGCCGGUCGCCGAGGUCAGACCCUCAAGAUCAUUUCCCAGAUGUACUUGAUGAAGUACUGGCCGCAGCGCUUACUGCGGAAUACGCGCGACAUCUAUGUGCCGCUGGCCCGCGACCCAGACCAGACGGCCAUGGCGAACCGCUUUCGCCGGGACUUGCUCCCAUACAUGGAUGCCACGCAGGCCGACGCCUACAUGGACACAGAUGCUAUGCAGAGCGCCGUACGCGUCUACAGGCAGUACUAUGCCCAGGGUAUCGAUGCUCACGUCGCAGACAUGCGCAUCCUGACGCGACCCUGGGGCUUCCGCAUUGAGGACGUUGCUUAUGAGGGCGUGAAGCUUUGGUAUGGCGGCGCUGACGUCAACACACCACCGCAUAUGGGCUUGCACCUUGCCCGCCGUUUACCCAAGAGCGUCUAUAAGGAAUAUGCGGGUGAAGACCAUGGAUCGUUGCUCGCUGGUGGGCAUUUACGGGGGAUAUUGAGUGAUCUGCUGGUAGGGUCGGUAUGA